UUCCGAUUUUUUUCUAGAAUGGCUGCAAAACAAGAGACUGAACGGUCCUCGCCGGAAAUGAACGCCUGCAAGGUGAUUAUGAAAAGGUUGUUUUCCAAUACCUAUAAGAAUAUUGCUUGGGUUUUUUACGAGCCACUGGAUCCCCAGCUGCUGGGCCUCCACGAUUACCAUGAGAUUGUCCAAGAACCCAUGGAUCUGUCCACCGUGAGGCAUCGUUUGAAUACGGGUUGCUAUCUGAAUGCCGUGGAUUUCGCCAAAGACAUUAGGCUGAUUUUCUACAACACCUAUCUGUACACGAAUCCCGAUCACCUCUGCUACCACAUGGCCAAACAGCUGCAGAUCAUCUUCGAGGAUAUGUUCUCCCAUGUGCACCUCUACAUCUGCUCCGGCAGUAGAAUGCGCGCUGAAGAAGUGACGUCCUCCUCCUGCUCCUCAUCAUCGUCGGAGAACGAUGUGAGCUCCCCGGAGGUGUACUCCACCCGCAUAAUGGGUGCGCCCCCCGAAUGUACUCCGACCCCCGAAUGUACUCCGACCCCCGAAUCGACUCCGCCGGCACCCUUGGGAACUUCGGAGCAGCAGGAGCCGUUCACAGCCGAGGAGGACCUUGAUCUGCACGCCAAGAUUCAGCAGCUUGACGGCGAAGUGCUGCUCCACGUGAUCCAUUUCAUCCAACGCAUGGAGGGCGCCGAGUACUGCAACAAAGAGCUGGAGUUCGACAUCUGUAAAAUGAAGGUGCACACCAAGCGCGGCAUCCUGGAUUAUUUGGCCAACAAGGGGUUCACCGGCAAAAGAGCGGUCUGCACCAAGCCCAAAUAUAACUAA